GGUCAUGCGGCCUGCACUGUUUUGAUUCACGGCUCAGAGGAGCGGGCGGGGCAGGCGGACAUGGCGGCGGAGGAGGACAGGAGGAGCGGCUGAUUCUCCCAAGCAGCCCUGCCUCUGCGAUUGAACUCCGUUGUUUCACACUUGGCAGGAGGAGAUAUCGGGGAAGCUGGCGGCCUUGUACGGAGCUCUGCUCCUCCCGGAGGACAUGGAGAUCGCGGCGGAGGAAGAGGCGGAGGAGCGCAGGAGGGAGCACUGGAAGCUGCUGUCCAGCCUGAAGACCACAGUGGAGGGUCUCGUGUCCACUAACAACCCCAAUGUGUGGUCCCGCUAUGGCGGCCUGCAGCGGCUCCAGAAGGACAUGAACAACAUCCUCAGUCACGGCUUGAAGAAUGAGCAGGUUUACUACAAGCAGAGAGACUACUGGCCGUUUGUGUGGUGUGUCCGCUACGUCAGCCCUCACCUCGCCUCACACGUUGAACAGUUCAGUAAGCUGGAGCCGGUGCUGAGCAGCGGGAUGCAGAGCACUGGUGAAAGCUUCAAGGCCGAGCGCUGGCUGCUUCACAGCUUACAGGUUCACAUGCUGUCAGCUCAGCUCCGACCUCUGCUCAGGCAUCUGGGACAUGCACGUAAAUACUAUAAUGAUGAUGCGUUUCUGCUGAGCGAGCCUCACGUGACAGCCAUGUUUCAGUGUCUGGAAGCUGUGGAACAGAACAAUCCCAAACUGCUGGCCCAAGUAGACACAGUUGGGCUGUCCCCUCUGAAGGGCCCACAAUGUCUGGGUCUGUUGAAGAGCCAGAGCCUGUGUGUGUUGCCAGGGGCCGGUGGGGCCUGGAGAAACCGUGACGCAGUGCCUAGAGGAGAAACUCUAAACCGCAGACUUACCACCUCCAACUGCUCGUUGCGUGAAGCAGUCUUCACCAGCCACAAAUCUGGACCCUCUACGGGAGUCCGGUCCCAAAACAGCAACAGCACAAACACUACCUCUCCUGCCGGCAUCGUCGGACCUCCCUGGGUGUGUGUGUCCAGGCCAGGGGAGAGCGAGCGAGGCAUAACAUCCCCCCCCGGCUCCGUCUCGGUCCCUUGUAUCACCCUAAAGGAGUCCACAACGCCCACCCAUCCCCAACCUGAAGCUGGGGACUCUGGUGAUGGUGACUAUGACGACGGGCCAGAGUACCUGGCUAUCGGUAACCUGGGGCAACGCAGUCGCCGUGACUCCCAAAGCUCCACCCACAGUAGCGAGCAGGGUGUGACCCCGGGGCAUUCCAUGGAGCGAAGAUCCCAGGCCCCGCCCCCACCUCGGCGCUCGUCUUUUUCUGAGGUCCAGAGGGGGUCGGGCCGUGGGUCCCGAGGACACACCCGCUCGUUCUCAGACACAGGGAUCAAUCAGAAACUCAGGAAUGAAUCGCCCGUUGACGAAUGCUGCUUGAAGGACUACAGCCCCUUCUCUCCUCAGUGCAGUGAUUCCAGCGAUCCAAGUUCCCUCUACAUGGAGUCUUAUGGGUCCCAGUACAGCAGUGUGCCAGAUGGGAUGUUCAGGAAACCGUCAGAGGGCCAGAGCCUCAUCAGCUACCUGUCAGAGCAGGACUUUGGCAGCUGUGCUGACCUUGAAAAGGAAAACGCCCAUUUCAGCAUUUCCGAGUCCCUUAUUGCAGCAAUCGAGUUGAUGAAGUGCAACCUGCGGCGUCGGGAAGAGGAGGGCGAGGAGGAGGGAGACAGUGACUGUGAGAUUCAGCAGCUGAAGCAGAAGAUCCGCCUACGCAGGCAACAGAUCCGUCACAGCCGCCUGCCACCCUGCACAACCUCCCACCCCAUUAUUCACUCCACUGACAGUGGAGGCUCCAGGAGGAGCUCUCAGGACUCCUACCAGGGCCUGUCGGACUCAGGCUCAGCUGAGGAGGUGGAGGAGUGCGAACUAAGAGAUGGCUGCGAGGGUCAGUCCCUGCUGGCGGUGUCUCAGAACGGCCUCUCCCUGUCACUCGCCUCCCUCUUCUCAGAUGCAGACAUAAAGCGCAGUGUGAGCAGCAGAUCUUUUCUCAGCUCAGAGUCCAUCUCUCCAUCCUUCCUUCAGUCUAACUCUGCUGAGUCAGUAGCCAUGGGUUUGCUCAGGCAGUUUGAGGGCAUGCAGCUUCCUGCUGCCUCGGAGCUGGACUGGCUGGUCCCAGAACACGACGCUCCACAGAAGCUGCUGCCCAUCCCUGACUCUCUCCCGAUCUCACCUGACGAUGGUGAACACGCAGACAUCUACAAGCUGAGGAUUCGUGUCCGAGGCAACCUCGAGUGGGCACCGCCGCGACCGCAGAUCAUCUUCAACAUCCACCCUGCCCCCAAGAAGAAGAUAGUUGUGGCUAAACAGAACUACCGCUGCGCUGGCUGUGGCACCCGCAUCGACCCAGACUAUAUUAAGCGACUGCGUUACUGUGAGUACCUCGGCCGUUACUUCUGUCAGUGCUGCCAUGAGAACGCCCAGGCGGUGGUUCCCGGUCGAGUGCUGAGGAAGUGGGACUUCAGCAAGUACUACGUCAGCAACUUUGCCCGUGACCUUCUGAGCAAGAUUGCUGGAGACCCACUGUUCAACCCUAAUGACAUCAACAGCGGCCUCUACAAGAAGGUUAAACCUCUGGAGGCUGUACGGGUUUUGAGGGUGCAGCUGUUCCACAUGAAAAAUCUCUUCAAGACCUGUCGCUUUGCUAAAGGGGUGCUGGACCACUUCGACAGCCUGCCAGGUCACCUGACUGAGGACCUUCACCUCUUCUCCCUCAAUGACCUCAGUGCUGUGCGCAACGGAGAACUGGCCCCCCGGAUGAAAGAGCUGAUUAAACUUGGUACCGUGCACGUAGAUGGUUGUGUGCUUUGCCAGGCGAAGGGUUUUGUGUGCGAGUUCUGCGGCAACGACAAAGACAUCAUCUUCCCCUUUCAGCUGAACAAGUGCCAGCGCUGCGAAGAGUGUCAUGCGUGUUACCAUCGAAACUGCUUCCGGGCGGGUAAAGAAUGCCCUCGAUGUCUGCGGCUGGCGGAGCGGAGAGAGAGGAUGGCACGGAAAAACAUGGAGGAACAAGAAGACGAGGGAGGAGGGACCUAGUGCCGGUAACAGAGGGAACUCAGAGGAGGAAGAAGAAGAGCACAACACGACCUUGAUUGUAGUCACUGACCACCUCUCUUUCCGUUCCAGUCUUCUCAGACCUGGGUGACUAUACUCUUUGCAAACAGCUGUUUUGAUCUCAGCAGGCUUUACCACAUCAAGUCAUCAGUUGUGUCACAUGAGCUGAAAAGGAACGUGGCCACUGUUGAUUCUCAGAUAAAUUAUUUCUCCAAGCCCUUUUCACACAUGCAUUUAACGCUUCAUCCUGUUUUAACAAAGGCUACGGUCAUUUAAACAUAGAAAUUAAGUGACUGUUAUGAAACAUAAUAAUUCCUUCCAUGGCAUGGCAGUUUUCUAAUUAUGCUUUGGUGAACCUGAGAGAAACAAUGCUUAGUUAGAAAGGCACACAGAGAGGCUUAAAGACUUAAACUGGGAAAGUGGGAAAAUACAUCUUGGAUCCGCCCAUUUAUUCACAUCUGCUACAAAAUUGUUUGGGUUCUUCCUUGGGCCAUGUUCCACCUUUGCACAUAAUUUCAUGACAAUCAGUUCUGGAGUUUUUGCGUAAUCCUGCUAAAAAAAUAAAGAUAAUUCCCCCUAAAAAUACUUCAGAAUCUGGAUCAUUACGUGGAUCUGCACCAAAUUGCACAUGUUCAUAGAUAUUAGCAUUCUACAGAUUUCUGCAUGAAAGAUCUCUGCAUUAUUUCUUGAGGAAUUUGCAGAACUGUUGAAGAGCACCCUUAUCUGGCAAACCGACAAACGGCGUAUCUCACAAUGUGAAAAGAAAUUCCUGGAUCUUCCCCCUGAUCAGGAUCUGCAUCAAAAUUGGUUGGGCCCUUCCCUGACCCAAACCGCAUCCUUCCUCCUUCCACGUCUCAUGGUAAUCCGUCCUGUGGUGUCUGUCCGACCUUGUUUACAAACAAACAAGCCAACCAACAAACAGACAGGGCUGAAAACACAUCGUUUCCCCUUUUGGAGCAGCGCUGCAAAAAUACAAAAUCAACUUCAAAUUCAUUUGAAUGUCCAAUGUGUGAAAAGGGCCUGAGAGUCACGUCUCCUGUGGUAAAAUCAAUAUAUUUUUUCACAUUUAAAUAGAUCAGAAAAGAAGUAUUUGUUCAGAGUAUUGUGCCCAGGUUUGAUAUUUAUCUUUCCUACAGCUGCAGCUUCUGGCAACUGCUUUGACUCGGGUGAUUUUUACUGGCUACUGGCUUAGCUGAAGUUUGUUUCUGUGAAUUAAAAUGACAGAGUUUAUUUGAAAAGAGGAGAAAAUAGCAACUAAUUCAAAGUUUAGAUCUGUUUUAUGAUUUGACUGAUUUCCAGUACAGACACUGUAUUGAAGCUAUCCUGCCCUUUAUACUGAAUUGUUUGUUUUUAUUUUUAAAAUGAAUUAAUCCUUAGUGUUUUGUUUUAAGCUGUUUUAGCCGUGAUUACGUGCCUCUAGGACCAAUGAACUCAAAUCUGGCAGAGCUGCUGGAUUGAUAGAAGCACUACACUUCAGGUAGAGGUCUCAGAGUCAGUGUCGCAAAAUAUUUUAAAACUGCAAAUGCUCUGCUUUAGUGCUGCUUUGUGAGCCUGUGUGGUUCCUAGAAAGAGCUGUGUGAAUAUGAGUGUGUGUGUGUGUGUGUGAGAGUGUGUGUGUGUGUGAGAGAGAGUGUGUAUGUACACACACGUCUACCUGCUGUACAUGCAACCAUGAACAAAUGAUGUGCACCAGCUGAAUCAGCACUUGCCUGUUAUUUUCGAACAGCUUUGGAAUAAUAGAGUCCAGCGAUUUGCACUGACGUCCUGUCUGUUGUUGGGGAGUCAUGGAUCACUCUCUGGGGGAUUUUUCAGAUGCUCAGUUGUUCGAACCUUCACUGUUUCUUUAAUGAAGCUCCUGUCACCUGGGUCACACUGCAUUGUGAAGGGUGUUAGUCCAAAACGUUAGAGUCUGUCAGUGCAGCAGAAACAUGAGUCACUUCUCGGACUGAAAUCUUUCAGUGGGUUCCCAACUUUCUUUGGCUCACACCCCUUAAAGCAAUAGUUCAACAUUUUGGAUUUGCUCUUAUUUGCACUCAUGCGCUCUUUUGCUCAGACUUAAAUGAGAACAUUGACACCUCUCCCUUGUCUGUAUGUUAAAAUCUUUUAUUGAAGGAUUUUCAGAAACCCAAAGAGGUGAAAUCCCCAGUAUCUAACGAGAGUAAAGAAAACAUUGGAUAAGUAAUAGAAAAUGUGGCAAAAUCUUAUUUUUCUUUUUAUUUAAAUCAUCACGUAACCCCUCAGAUUUCUCUGAGGACCCAUUUGGAUCCUGAGGCGUCGGUUGGGAACCACUGAUCUAGUCACGUGUUAUUGUCUGUUGCUCUUUAAAAGAGUUUCUGCUCUGAAACUCCUUCAGAGUUAAAAACAGAAAAUGUCUUGUGACUGAUUUUGCUUCCAGGGCUUCAUCUCUUCAUCGUCUCUGUAGUGAGUUCAAACAACCAACAGCCUGAGGUCUUUUCACAGGAUGAUCCAACGAUUGUUUGUUUUUUUUUGUGGGAAGAAUUAAUAAUAUGUUCUUGUCAAGAUAGGAAUGAAGUUAUAGGAAAUUAAGUUUUCAACCCACUGAUUAAAUCAAGCAUUUCCGAUUUUUAGUUUCGUUGCCCUGGACGUUUUGUCCCAAGUACAAUCUUGUAUGAAACCUUUAAACAGGCUACGUUCCAGAGAACACCCCAUCCUCUACAGGCUCUGCUUUAUGUAGACAGACUGUCUCUCACAAGACGCUGCUUAAAGCAAUAAGUGUGACGUCCAUGUCCCUCAGCUCACAGACACAGAGCAUCUCACAGAUAAAAUGCUCCCACGUCUCUCUGCGUUUCAACCAGGCUGCUUUUUUAAAGGAAACUCCGAGCUCUUCACCUAAUCACUCCUGAACGAAGCGACCAAACGACUCCAAUGGAGAAAAAAAAAAGCUCAGCAGAUUGUUUGACCUUGGAUUGCCUUUAACACGGAGGAAGAGUGUGGAGGUUUUAAGUGCACUACAGAUGAAAAUGUCUAUAAUUAUUAAUAAAAAUGUUAAUUAUUAUAAUGAUUAUUAUUUGUGUUCAUUGGCCUUUGUUCUAUGAUGAUGUUGACAAUAAAAGACUGGCUAGACUGUU